AUGGAAUCCUCACCAGCUCCGUUCAAAGCCCAACACCACAUUGGUGACAAUAAAAUCCAUGUGCUCCUUGCAGCCAGUGGUUCGGUUGCAACGAUUAAACUUCCCAAUAUCGCGGAAGCCCUUGGCCGCCAUUCGAAUAUUUCUAUCCGCAUAAUCGUUACAAAAUCAGCGGCAGAAUUUCUAAAGGGACAGAGUCACGAGCAACCAUUGCUCGAAAAACUCCUCGAACUACCUGGCGUGGAUGCUAUUUACCGAGACGAGGAUGAGUGGAGGCACUCUUGGACUCGUGGCGAGUCAAUCCUACAUAUAGAGCUCAGAAAAUGGGCACAUAUCCUACUUAUCGCGCCUUUAUCCGCCAACACCAUGGCCAAAAUGACCAUGGGAAUUUCAGAUAACCUUCUUCUCUCUGUUUUGCGAGCAUGGGACACGACGGGAACGGUGGACGCCAAUUUCAAGGAAAAGAAGCCCAUUGUGUUUGUCGCCCCCGCCAUGAAUACAGCAAUGUGGUUUCAUCCGAUCACUGCCAAGCAACUGGCUAUACUGAAUGAUGAAUGGGGCGUAAACUCUCGCAACGAGGGCUGGGUAUCUGUACUUAACCCGGUAGACAAAUCUCUUGCUUGCGGCGAUACAGGAACCGGGGGUAUGAUGGAAUGGAAGACCAUAGUCGAUAAGGUGGAGCAGUAUUUAGGUAUUGGCAAGGACGAUAAAUAA